AUGGUAAGGAAGAAGAAGGGGGUGGCAGUUGGCAAUGAGACAUCUAGAGAGUACAACCACUGGGAGCCGAAUCAUGACAAGCCAUUUGUCGAAUGCUUGCUGGAACUAGUAGAACAAGGACAGAUCGAGGAUGGUCAAUGCAAGAAUGGCGUUUACAAAGAGCUGGAGCGCAUGAUGGAAACGAGGGUACCUGGCUGUGGUAUUAAGGCAAAACCAACCAUAACAACAAGAAUUAGAAAAUUGAAGCAUUGGUUCCAUGCAACGAUGACAAUGAAGAAGGAGAGUGGAUGGGGGUGGCAUACUGUGGAUAACCACGUCAUCGUGCCUGACGAUGUUUGGAAAGUAUAUGUCAAGACUCAUCCAACCUUCAAAAAUUAUAGAGAUACACCAUUUCCAGAGUUUUGGGAUUUGGUGCCUGUGUUUGGUACAGGGCGGGCGACAGGUGAAAUGGGGUUCCAGGGAGCUGAUGGUAACCUCGAUGUCAGUUCUGAUGAUGAUGAUGUCGAGCCCACAGACCCGUUAUCCCAGAUGAAUACUCCUGUUGCAGAAGAAGAAAUGUUCAAUAUCAUUAAUGAAGGGGUUGAAACAGCUACUACUAAGGCAUCAGGUAAAAGGAAGGUUCCAACAUCAGCUCCAACAAGAAAGAAGAAGAAAUUGAAAACAGAUGAUCUCAUAGAUGAAGCUGCAUCAGUUAUGGUUGGGAUGAGGCCAUUAAUAAGGGAAUCAGUUGAUACAAUUGCUAGGGCCAUGGGUGAGAGUGAGAUGCAUAUAGAAAUGAAGGCAAAGCUUAUGGAUACCCUAGGACAGAUGGCUGGACUCACAAGGGCACAAAUGGUGUUAGCUUGCAGGAGGCUUUGCAAGGAUCCUGGGGAUUUGAAGUGCUUCUAUGACAUGGAGGAUGAGGAAGACAGGCUCACUCUUGUGCUUGACGUACUCGAGAAGUGA